AUGGGGGCUCGGGCGCCGAGGGCGGGCCGGCCGGAGCGCGGCGGCCUGAGAGGCGAGGGCGACGGAAGGAACAAAGACAGCGAUUACUCUUGCGGCCGCCGAGUCGCGGCCGCGAGAGGGAGGAGGGCCGGGCAGCGUCUGGACUCCCUCGCAGUCCGCAUGGCCCCUCGGUCGCCUCAGCCCCGCAAACCCAGUUCGAGUGACCGCCUCCUGCCGCCGAAGGAGGGCAGUCCCCGCCCUCCGGCGCGCCCAAGCCGGCGCCUCGCCACCGACGCCGUCACACCCCCGGCCUCUCCCGGGCCCCAAUAG